UUUUUUAUGAUGUUUUUCUGCAGCACUCACAUUUACAUAUUACCAAUCACCAAAAUUUAAAAUAAAACAAAUAAUACAUCUUACAAAUAAAAUUACAUGAUAGCUCCUAAAACUCCUGGGAACUACUGGGAAAGGUUCUAGACCACAAAACAGUGGCGGUGUGUCUGAUACACUCGUCACUGCCACUGACGGCGCGUGGGUUCAUGGGCGGCCAGCAAAAAAACGACAGGGGAGAUCUGCAAUGGAUUCCUCCCUUCUUCAUUGUGCUGCCGGCGAUGGCUUUCACUGUGACCUGCAACAAGGAAAAAAAACACAGGUGGCCAGGGGAAAGGAGGAAUGACCGAAAAGGGGGCAUCGCUGCUGGGGAAAGGAACAAUAGUGAAUGGCCUUGCUGUUGCUUGUUUGUGGCUGUUACUGUUGAGGAGACCGAAAGGGAAGAAAACGCUACUGGUGGUUUUGUUUCGGGUUAUGAGACAAAGAGAUCGAGGAAGAUGGAGAGCCGGUCGUGGUUGGCGGGUCUUUUUGGUCUUGGUGAGCUAAGAGAGGAAAGGUUGGUGUUGUGGUAGGGUUGUUCGGGUGACUGGGUUCUGUAGGGGAAGGAGAGGUGAGGGAGGAGAUCAAGUUUUGGCUGGCUGAGAGAGAAGAUUGCUGAUCUAUGGUCGACUGAAGGGGGAAACCGAGAAUUCUCAAAGACCAAAGCAGGGGUUUCUCUGGUUUGGUUAAAAGGAGGAGAUCCCGUGAGGGAGAGUAAGCCAGAUGAAGGAGAGGGGCUAGUCUCCGUGUUAGAAAAAAUCAAAGGCCAAGGGUCGGGGCACGACUGGUUUUGGACGGAAAAAAAUAUUACAUUUAAGUUUUCUUUUUUGAUUGCCCUAAAUUUCUCGCUUUUAAAUUUUUCUGUGUAAAUUUUCUCCCCCCACCAUGCA